UCUAGGGAGAAAAUGUGGCGGAUCUUGGUUCUCAUUGCAGUCAUUCUGGUUAUACACGAUACUGAUGGUCACUGGUGGAAAAGAAAAAAAUAUGUACACAAAGUAACGGCAUGCGAACAUCACUCAAUGAGUUUGAAUUGCGGAAGACACAGGCAUAUUAAAGUGCACUAUGCUUCGUAUGGUCGACAAAACAAGAGUACAUGCGCAAGAAGAUCUGCUAGCAAAAGCCCUAGUAACACAGUUUGUAGAGCCAGGAAAUCAACAGGUGUAGUAAAAAGAUUCUGUGACGGGAAGAGGCGCUGUAGACUUCGAGCCAGCAAUUCCUUAUUUGGAGACCCGUGUGUUGGAACCUAUAAAUAUCUCAGUGUGAAAUAUUAUUGUAAAGGGAAAUGGCAUCACCUUCACGGAAGAGAUGAAAAAGACAGAAGAGACAUCAGAGUCAGUGAUGAUACGAUGAUGACAGAUGAAGAUUUCAGUAACUAAGAAGCCCAAGUCUGCUAUUCAUAGUACUGUAUUCAUAGUCUCUCAAUGAUAAGACAAAUACUAAAAUAAUGAGAACAUUUUAAAA